GGUGUCCCUAAAAGUUCCAUCGCCCACUACCAAUAUGGCCGCCUCGGAACGUUGGUGAAAAUUUGCCAGGAAUCUCGAGAAGAAACAUACGUUUUGUGUUACAAAAUGACUACCAGGAGGAGAAAGAAGGAUGGAGAUGAUACAGCCAAUGGGGCACUACCCAGCGUAUGGACAAGGGCUUUCAAAGCGUCUUCAGAGUGGCCUGAUAAAGAUGAAUUCUUGGACGUGAUCUAUUGGUACAGGCAAGUCAUUGCCCUGGUAGCAGGCUGUAUAUGGGGACUGAUACCACUGAAGGGAUUUAUAGGAUUAGCUUUGUUUGUUGCUUUGAACGCAGGCAUCAUGUAUUUAUACUUCAGUUCAUUCCAAGAGGUAGAUGAAGAGGAGUAUGGAGGUGCUUGGGAAAUCACCAAGGAAGGCUUCAUGUCUUCAUUCGCAUUGUUUUUGGUAACCUGGAUCUUGUUCUACUCUGCCAUGCACUUUCCCUAACAGAAAGGAUCCUGGUCUAGUGUGACACACAACGUCUCAUCCAAAGCAACAAGUAUACAGUCACAAACAGUAUACAGUAUACAGUACUCUUAUUCAGGGCUGGGGAGAAAGGAGUUAAGAAUUCUAGUUCUACCUAAUAGUAUGUUGUCUGUUCAUAAUGUGCAUGACAGAUGAAAGAGAUGCGUUACAGAUUUACAACAUGAAAUGGAUUAGAAUAUUCGUAGGAUUUAUUUAAAGGUCUUUUACGCUCUAUCGGCAAAAAUGACCAUGAUGGUGCUUUUCAAUACUCCAAAAAGUCUGCAAUUGAUGCUAUAAUUUAAUAGUUUUAAAUUGCUAUAAAAAGACCUUUGAUAUGCCUCCAACACAAACAUUGGAAAGUAUUGACACUAUUGUUUACUUUUUACUGUUACACAACAUUCAGUUGUUACAUUUACAGUGUUACCUAUAACUACCAAGGCCCAUAUAGACAGCAUUGUCAAUAACCCCUCUUCUUGCAUUUUCAUCUACAUUGUGAUGAACCGAAGCAAUAAGAGUUCAUUUAGAAAUGGGGACUAACAUCCAUGCCGCUGCCAAUACAACUACAAUGUACAAUGUCCUGAUUUGAUCCAUAACUGCAACCCCACCUCUAAUUUAUGAUGACCAUGGUCA